AUGUCUCCAUCUAAGCUAGCCUCCCUCCGCAUGAGCCUGAGCACAGCGCUGGUAGUGUCGGUAUGCGUCGUCGACUCCGUUACCAUAGCCUACGACGGCUCUCUUAUGGGUUCUCUCAACGUCAUGGCCUCGUACCAAAAGUACUUUGAGCUCACAACGGCAACGACCGCUAUCAACACAUGCGCCACCUUCCUGGGAGCCAUCCUCAUCGGCCCGUUCACUGGGAUGCUCAUCGACUGGAAAGGCCGCAAGAUGGGCCUCUAUGCAUCCGGCAUCGUCAACAUCAUCGGCGCUAUCAUCGCUGGCGCAGCAGUGAACAUCGCCAUGUUCAUCGCUGGACGUCUCAUUAUUGGCAUCGGAGUCGGUCUGGGGCAGACUGCCGCGGGAACGUAUGUAGCGGAAACGACUGCGCCAUCCAUCCGGUCUCUGGCAUUAGGUCUCUACUUCUCCUGUUGGGCUGUUGGAGCCCUGCUUGCGGCCGGGAUCUCUUAUGGUUCCUCCGCGCUUGAGCCAUCAGAUUGGGCUUGGAGAGUUCCCUCGAUCCUCCAGGCUUCACCUCCUCUAUUCGUCAUGAUCCUUAUCUAUCUGGCCCCAGAGUCUCCUCGAUGGCUUGCCUUUCGCGACCGAAGAGACGAAGCCCUUCAAGUGCUAGCAAAGGUCAACGGGGCUGACGCCAGUGACGAGAAUGUUCAGAUGCAAUUCAGAGAAAUCAUUGAGACAUUGGAAUACGAGAAGCGAGAGGGGAAUGCUUUGGGAAUCCGCGGAAUGGUCCGCAAGCCCAACCGCAAGCGUCUACUGCUGGCCCUAUCCGUUGCGCCUCUGGCGAUGUUGACGGGAUCAAAUGUCAUCACCUGCCCGGUUCAUCACCUGACCGGCGACUUUAGGUACUACUUUGGCCGAAUGCUGAGCCAGGCUGGCGUCACCGAUCCAACCACGCAACUCCAGAUCAAUGUCAUCCUGUCCUCCUGGCAACUAGUUGUUGCAAUCACCGGAUCGACACUAGCCGAGAAACUGGGCAGAAGAGUCCUCGCUCUCGGAAGUUUGGGUACCUGCUCAAUCUUCUUCUACCUUCUCGCAGGUCUCACGGCCAAGUACGGGGCCUCGGGCGACAAAGCCGGCACAUACGGCACCAUCGCGUGCAUCUUUCUCUUUCUAGGUGCAUAUGCCUUUGGAAUCACGCCUCUUACGGCCAUGUACGCGCCUGAAGUCCUCUCGUACAACAUGCGCGCGAAUGGCAUCGCGAUGCAGGGAAUUCUGAUCAAGUCUUGUGGUGUCUUGGUCUCAAUGGCGUUUCCGUACUUGAUGGAGAGCAUCGGUUGGAAGACUUACAUCGUCAAUGCGUCGUGGAACAUCUUAAUUUGGGUGUAUAUCUACUUCCAGUGGAUGGAGACGAAGGGUCUGACGUUGGAGGAGAUUGAUGUUUUGUUUGAUGGGCAGAAGGCUGUUCAGACGAUUGAGGAGGGUGUGAUGAAGCCAGCUGCAAGGACCAUCUCGUGA